CAGGAUCGAGCGCACCCAGUGGGCGUGGUCGCCUGUUCGUCAGCUGCAGAAACACUUCCUACGUUUUUUAUACGCACAGUGUGAAAGACGAAGAGUCAUAAUCAGUGGAACAAAGAUGUAUCGCUGUGGUCUGUUAACUCCUGAGAAGGAACCAGUUCCUCUGAAGAGCAUCGAGGUGGAGCUGCAGGUGAGGGACCAUGUGGCCACAGUGGUCUCUACUCUGAGCUACGACAACAAGGAGGACAAACCAAUAGAGGCUGUGUUCGUCUUCCCUCUGCCUGGAGACGCUGCCGUCUGUCAUUUCAGUGCUACCGUUGGUCAGACACAGAUUGUAGCUGAGGUGAAGGAGAAGCAGCAGGCUCGUGAGGAGUAUGAUGACGCCCUGAGCUCCGGUCAGCAGGCCUUCCUGUUGGAGGAGAGUGACCAGAGUCCAGACAUCUUUUCUCUGAGUGUGGGGAGUCUCCCUCCAGGAGAGAGCGCCUCCAUCAGGCUGGAGUAUGUCACUGAGCUGGCUGUGCAGGCUGAUGACGGCCUGAGGUUUUGUCUGCCUGCUGUGCUCAACCCUCGUUACCAACCUCGGGGAAGUGGGGGUCCCAGUGUUGAGGUGACAUCAGUUCCAGCGUCUCAGGUUCCCUACACUCUGUCUUUCUCUGCUCGACUGUCGUCUCCUCGUCCGAUCUCUAAAGUAGAGUCCAGCUCCUCCCUGGAUCCUCUCCAGUUCCUCAACGCAGAGCAAACCCAGGCCACAGUGAAGUUGGCUGCAGGACACAAGUUUGACAGAGAUGUGGAGCUGCUGGUUUAUUACAAAGAUGCCCACCAGCCCUCUGCUGUGGUAGAAGCAGGACAGGCCUCUGCAGAGCCUGGCUCUCUGAUGGGGGAUCCAGUAGUGAUGGUGAGCCUGUACCCCGACUUCCCUCAGACUGUGAUGUCUUCGGUCACUUCGUGUGGAGAGUUUGUGUUUGUGCUGGAUCGAUCUGGGAGCAUGGAUUGUGCCGUCAAUAACACCAACCCGGAGCAGACUCGUAUUGCAAAUGCCAGAGACACGCUGCUGCUGCUGCUGAAGAGUUUACCAAUGGGCUGCUAUUUCAACAUCUACGGCUUUGGCUCCACCUUUGAACACAUCUUCCCUGAGAGUGUGGAGUACAGUGAGAAGACCAUGGAGGAGGCUCUGAAGAAAGUUGAAGGGAUGAAGGCUGAUCUGGGUGGAACCGAGAUCCUUCAGCCUCUCAAACACAUUUACAACCAGCCCUGUGUUCCCAACCAGCCCAGACAGCUGUUCGUCUUCACCGACGGGGAGGUGUGGAACAACAAGGAAAUUCUACAUCUGGUGAAGGAGAAUGCAAGUUCUCACAGAUGUUUCUCCUUUGGGAUCGGGGAAGGGGCCAGCUCUGCUCUCAUCAACGGAAUGGCCAAGGAAGGAGGAGGUCACGCCCAGUUCAUCACUGGGGCUGACAGGAUGCAAACCAAGGUGUUGCAGUCGCUGCGAUUUGCUCUGCAACCAGCUGUGGUGGACAUCUCAGUCACAUGGGAUCUGCCAAAAGGCGUGUCUGCCACUGUCCUCUCCCCACCAAUCACAGCCAUUUUCCAUGGUCAGAGGUCACUGGUUUAUGCCCAGCUCACUGGACAGAGCUCAGAAGCAGCAGAGGGGUGUGUGACGGUGAAGUACAGCCUGGCAGGUCAUCCCUCGCAGAGCCGAGUCAAGUUCAGCCUUAAAGCAGUGGACACUGGAUUAACCGUCCACAGGUUGGGCGCUCGCUCCCUGAUCCGCUCUCUGGAGAUGCAGGAGGAAGAAAAUGGAGAAAAGCCCGAGGAAGUGAAAAAGAGAGUGGUGGAGCUCAGCGUCCAGUCCGGAGUGAGCAGCGCCUACACGGCCUUCGUCGCUGUCAACAAAGGCAACAACGAGACAAUUCAAGGACCUCUGGUGCGCAGAAAUGUUAAAACCCCCGGGAUGAUGAUGAUGACCUGUUCAAUGCCAAUGCCUAUGAUGAUGUGUAAAUACACCUCGAGUAGGCGCGCUCCUGUCAGAGGGAAACCACUAUCACUAGUCACCCCAGUGACGGGUCAGGAUACCUUUUUUUGAGGGCUUCCCAGAGACCUGCAAACUUCAGCCAUCAUCCUUUUAACGGCUUCUAUUGUUCCGUAAAUGGGGCAGUUCCCCCCACGGCGAGGGGGAGUUCACGCUGAGCCACUUCAACAAAACC